AACUCAGACAGAAGACGAUAGAACGAGUUACCACGCCACGUGAUAGAGAAAUUCUUGCACCGCCACAUCGCGUCCUCCACGUGCGUCAUGAAAGUGGCGUUGACACGUCUUUGAUGCUUUCAAUAAAACCCACCAGGCAGCCUUCUACACACGACCACAACAUCUCACUACACUUUCUAAAAAACACAAAGAAGAUAUUCACAACCGCCAAAAUGGGUCUCCCUCAACAAACAACCACUCCCAUUGAGAAGCCCUCGACUUCCGAGACCGCAGAGAACAUGACCGACUCCACCCCCGCCGCCAACAUCAGCACUCAGAACAGCUCAAUCGGCGCCACAAAUACAUCCGAAUUGGCUGGAGGUGCUAUCGGCGGCACUGAAGGUGACGCAGAGAGAGCUGCUGAGAAGCUCUAUGAAGAGAGAAUGGAGGAGGAGUACGCUAAGCGCGAGGGAGGUGCAUAAAUGAUUUCCUACGACAGGACGAGAAAGAACCAGAAGACGAGUUCAUAGGUUCCACGGCUUUGUACAUAAUACUGCUAA